CAACCCCACCUCCGCGCCUGUUCCGCGCCGCUGCCGCCCCUCACUCACCCCGGUCUCCCUCGCUGUCUGCUCCGCUCCGCCGCAGCCAUGAUCGGGCAGAAGACGCUGCACUCCUUCUUCAGCCCCGUGCCGGCCAAGAAGCGCGGCCGCUCCCCGGAGCCGGGCGGCGAUUCUGAGGUGAACGCCGCCAAGAAGGCGAAGGAGGCCGGGGAUGAGGCGAGCCAGGCGCUGAGCGCGGAGCAGCAGGAGCGCAUCCGCAAGAACAAGGAGGCGGCGCGGCAGCUGCUGGCGCAGCGGAACGUGCCCCCGGGCUUCGGCGAGAGCUGGCGGCGGCAGCUGGCCGGGGAGUUCUCCAAGCCCUACUUCGUGGAGCUCAUGGCGUUCGUGGCCGAGGAGAGGAAGCGCUACACGGUGUAUCCGCCCCCCGAGCAGGUCUUCACCUGGACGCAGAUGUGCGACAUCUGGGAUGUAAAGGUUGUCAUUUUGGGACAAGAUCCAUACCAUGGACCUAAACAAGCUCAUGGGCUCUGUUUUAGUGUUCAGAAGCCUGUUCCACCUCCCCCCAGCUUGGAAAAUAUUUACAAGGAGCUCUCUGAGGACAUUGAGGACUUCACCCACCCUGGCCAUGGGGACCUGACGGGCUGGGCCAAGCAAGGAGUGCUCCUGCUCAACGCAGUGCUCACGGUUCGGGCUCACCAGGCCACGUCCCACAAGGAGAGGGGCUGGGAGCAGUUCACGGAUGUCGUGGUGUCCUGGCUCAACAAGAACCUGCACGGGGUGGUCUUCAUGCUGUGGGGAGCCUAUGCCCAGAGGAAAGGCAGCUCCAUCGACAGGAAGCGUCACCACGUCCUGCAGACGGUUCAUCCCUCGCCCCUCUCUGUCAACAGAGGGUUUUUCGGCUGCCGGCACUUCUCCAAGACAAAUGAAUUCCUCAAGAAAUCUGGGAAGAAGCCCAUCGACUGGAAAGCACUCUGAGCUGGGGCUGAGGCUGGGGAGCAGCCCCUGGGUCAGGGGUUGGGGCAUUCCUGAGAAACUCCUGCUGACCUGAGAAUUGCUCUUUGGGUGUUACCAAUGAACAAGUGACCGAACUUGCAGAGAUGGUUCUGUUUCUGUUUUAAAUGUUUAUUUUUCAAGAGCGUGUUGGAGUGUUUCAUGGACAGCUCUGCUGCUGGAACAGAUCUUAGCCUGGUUUGAAGCAAAACCCCAAACACCAGAGUUCUGUAUUAAUUUGUGGUCAUUGUUGCAAUGGGAAUAGAUUUUCAGACUCUGGUGAAGGGAUGUCAGUUCUUACUGAGCUGCUCAGCUUUUGUACAUGCCCUGCUGCCUCCUUCCCAUGCAAACCUAGGUUUCCUGUUUAGGGGGAGUGGAGCUGACUCCAUGGGAGGAAAAGGCUUUUGGUUUUAGCUUUUUGCUACAGAUUUAUUACAAAAAUGGCUUCUUGAGGCUGUAAAGAAAAUACACGGUCAGUAGUGUUGCUUGAUGUGUCCAUGAUCUCAAGAUUUUGGGAUAAAUCCUCCCAGCAGUCAAGGGGAGGCUGUGAUCAAGACCCUUGGUCAUGCUUUUGGAUUUUUUGUUGGCAUUUAGAGAGGAAAAUCAAAAAGUUUUAGGUUCUUCCUGGGUGUGUAAUCACCUGGAUGACAGGUGAGCUGUGCUGACCAUGGACCUGGGGGUACUUGCUGAUGGCAGCAGCGAAGGUUUGUUCAUCAGCAUCUCCCAAUUUCAUGGACUGAUAGCUGCAAAUUACUUCAGAUCUUUUUAAGAUCUUGAAAGAGGGAACUGUGCUUUGCCACCUUGGGAGCAAAUUAAAGUUUCCACCUCCUGUUGGCAGUAACUGUUAGGACUUCCAAGAGGAAGAGGUUUUGGACUUCAUACUCCUGGGUUUCCAGCCCAUCUUUGACUUUGUAAUUCCUUUAGUGGAAAGUGAAGUGCCCUAUUUUUUUUGGAAAUUACACCAGUUUUUAUAGAACAUCCUUGUAACCCUUCCUCUGUGUUCUUUCUGAGGUAACACUAUCACCAGUGACGUUUACACUGUCUGUGGCCUUGCUGUAUAUGCUGUUUGCUUUUGGUUUUCUUUUUCCCAGUGUCGUUUUUUUUAAAUAAAAAUUACUUUGUUUA